AUGCGUCACGCAUACCCGCUCCCCCCAGCGCAGGGUCGGCGGGUUAUGUGGGGCUCCUCCUGCGACCCCACCCCCGAAGGGGCUAGACAAGCAGGAGUUUACCCACUAAAAAGCCGCCAUGUCCCUUGUAUGAGGUCGAUGUUCGUCCCCAUUUCGGCCCGCCUUGAAAAGGACAGAUCCCAGACAGUUGGGGGUGCGUCUCAGAAACAUUCGAGACGCACCCCCCAGACAGAGCGAGGGCGUGCAAUGCCCGACCAGCGCGCAAACCGGUCAGACUGCCCCCGACGAGGAGCUGCCCAGGACCUAACAGAACUGACGAAUCUUUCAAGCACUAGUUUAUGCAUAAAGUGUUACCAGUGUAAUUCACAAAGUGAUCAGGCAUGCCGCGAUCCCUUCCAGAAAACUUCUAAGUCAGUAGAUUGCAACACUCAAGAUUCUUACAACUACAACAAUAACUUCCUGAAGUUCCUCCUGAAUCAAGAAGAUAACAAGAACCUGAACCUUGUUGGAGCCACAAGAUUCUGUCACAAAAUUAUUACUUCCACAGGCACCGUGAUCCGUACAUGCCUCGACUCCAACCCGGUAAACAAGAACCAGUCAUGCCAGCUGCUGGACUCAGCGUCCUUAAUUGACCCCUCCAAGAAGAUUAGUCAUUGUAGCGUUUGCGACACCGACAACUGCAACGGCGUCGGCGCCAUCUCUUCAUCGCUCCCUCUCGCUGCCGUAACUGUUAUCAUUUCCUAUCUUGUCUAUAAGCAAUAAUGAACACAAAACUAGUGACACAAUAUCGUUGGUCUUAGCUUCUUGCUUAACGCUUCCACAUACAGUGGUAUUUAAACAGCAAAUGUAUUUUCUUCAUACACGGAACCAAGAUUGGAAAGAAAUAGACAACUAGUCUUCUAUUAAUCGCUCAGUUAGUACGAUUCAUAUUUUAUUCUUGUAGGUUUCGUAUGUGAAGAAAUCAAAUACUUAGGUAAGCUAAUAAAAAUACUUAAGUCAUUUUCAUUGUAUUAUCCAAUAUGGGAAGACGAGGCCAAUGAUAAAUAUUGCCUUUAAAUAAACGACCGUCCAAUACGAUGGGUGUUACGUUCGCUUUGUGAAAAAUUUUAAACGUGUAGUUUUUAUGUAGAUGUGUAAUUAAAUAAGUUACGAAUUAUUGUCGGAGGAGGUUUUAAUUCUUUACAAUAGGGAUGAUGCCUGAGUAAAAAAAGAAAUCCUGUUAGGGUCAUCAGUCAAAUAAUAGAAAAAGAUUAAAUUAAAGUUGAAGAAUGGCGGCCGUCACAGCUAUGCAGAAAACGUA